GCGGCGUUAGGGCGCGCGCUCUGCUCCGCGGAAUGCGCGGGCGCCGUCUCCUGGAGCAACAGGCUGAUGGCGGAGCACCUGAGAGCCCGCAGGCUGGAGGCCGCGCGGGAGGUGUUCGACGGAAUGCCGCGGAGGGACGUCGUGUCGUGGAACACCCUCAUGGCCGUGCACGCGCGGUCGGGUGCGCACGGGAGGGCCGCGGGGGCGUUCUUGGAGAUGAGGCGCCAGGGGUUCCGCCCGGACCAUACCUCCUUCUCGACCUUGCUGUCGUGCUGUGCACGGUUGGAAGCUCUGGAGCUGGGGAGGUGUGUUCAUGGGCUCGCGUUCAAGACACGAUCCUCCGGUAAUGUGUUUGUGGGUGCUUCGCUUAUCACGAUGUAUGCCAACUGUGGGCUUGUCAGCUGCUUGGAGCAGGUGCUGGAUGGUGUUGACAGUCCAAACGCGGCCCUGUGGAACGCUCUUUUAUCGGGCCUUGUGAUGAACCAUUGUGUAGCCAAUGCUUGCAAGGUUUUUGAUCAGAUGCCGGUGCGUAAUGUGGUGUCCUGGACAGCCAUGAUAAAAGGGUAUCUUACAGCGCACAAGGUCGGCAUGGCAUUUCAGCUGUUUAAAUUGAUGCCCGUGAAGAACUCCGUGUCAUGGUGUGUCAUGAUUGGAGGUUUUGUUACACAUGAGCGAUUCAGUGAGGCAGUUGAGUUGUUCAUUAGUUUAAUGAGGAAUGGGGACGAAGUGACAAAUGUGAUCCUAGUUAAAAUACUGAAUGCUUUUGCUGGCAUGAAAAGUAUUAGAGGAGGCAGAUGCAUUCAUGGUUUUGCUGUUAAGUCUGGCUUUGUGUAUGACCCUGUUCUUGAGGCUUCGUUGGUUUUGAUGUACUGCAAAUUAUUGGAUAUCAGUGAAGCACGAUUGGAGUUUGAUAAAAUGGAAGGAAAGCAUGUUGCUUCAUGGAAUGCCAUGUUAUGUGGCUAUAUUUAUUGGGCCAAAAUAGACGAGGCUCGGAAUCUUUUUGAUUCCAUGACUAACAGAGAUAAGAUCUCAUGGAACUCAAUGAUUAACGGAUAUAUAAACCAUGGAAGGAUUGCUGAUGCUACUGAGGUGUACUCAAAGAUGACUGAAAAGAGUUUGGAAGCAGCUACUGCUUUGAUGUCAUGUUUUAUAGACAAUGGAAUGCUUGACAAAGCACAGGAUAUUUUCUAUAAUAUGCCCCAAACAGACGUAAUUUCUUGCACAGCUUUGUUGUUUGGUUACGUGAAAGGAGGGCAUAUGGAUGAUGCAUUGGACCUUUUCCACAGGAUGCACAGAAGGACUGUUGUCACCUAUAAUGUAAUGAUAUCUGGUUUGCUUCAUCAAGGCAAAGUUACUGAAGCAUAUAAGCUCUUCAAUGAAACUCCCAGACGUGAUUCACUGACUUGGAGAUGUUUAGUUUCUGGCCUCGCUACAAAUGGUUUAAUCCAUGAAGCACUUCAGUUCUACAGAAGAAUGGUACUGUCUAAUAUACGGCCUAAUGAGUCAGUUGUUUCUUGCAUCAUGAGCUGUUUGUCAAAUUAUUCUAUGAUGGUUCAUGGCCAGCAGUUUCAUGCUAUAACCAUCAAGAUUGGACUUGAUUCGCACGUGCUAAUCCAAAAUUCACUUAUUAGUCUAUACUGCAAAUGUGGCGAGAUGAUUAUAGCUCAAAGUAUUUUUGACCUGAUGGCUAAGAGAGAUAAAGUGACAUGGAACACAAUGAUUCAUGGAUAUGCACUCAAUAAUCUUGGUCAAAAUGCUGUUGGAAUGUUUGAGAAUAUGAAAAAGGCACAAGUUGAUCCCGAUGACAUCACAUUUCUUGGUGUACUUUCCGCAUGUAAUCACAUGAGCCUUUUGGAGGAAGCCAAAUAUUUCUUCAAUGUGAUGGCAUAUACUUAUAGAAUUUUACCUAAUAUUAUGCACUAUGCUUGCAUGGUUGAUCUUUUUUGUAGAAAAGGCAUGAUUAAGGAGGCUGAAGGAUUAGUGAAGUCAAUGCCAUUUGAACCUGAUUCAGCAAUAUGGACUUCUCUAUUGAGCGGUUGCAGAUUGACUGGCAAUGAUAAGUUAGCAGAGCAUGCAGCGAGUCAAUUAAUUGCUAUUGAUCCUUCUACAAAAAUGCCUUAUCUGCACCUCAUUAGUGUGCAUGGACUAAACAAUAAAUCAAGUGUGAUUGAUAGUUUGAGAAGUCAAAUUAAAAGCACUGCAACUGAAAAGGAUGUUGGUUAUAGCUGGAUUUAGCAUCCCAUUUUGAUUCACAGAUGUGUACUACACCAAUGUCAUUUGAUCAUUAAUGCAGAAAAUUUCUAGCAAACAGAUGGCUAAAAGUAGCGUGCAGAGUAGAUACUCGGUCUGCAAUGAGCUGAUUAACCCAGCCAGCAUAUUUAGGAGUGAGGGAUAGAACAAGCAUGAAAGAUGAAAUGCAUUUGUUGGCUACAACUCAGGUUGCAAUUCCAGCUGACUUCCCUCAGAUAGCAGCAAAAUGGCAUCAAACAAACUGGGGCAUGGUAGUUGUGUUGCCCAUUCUGCUACGGAGCUUCUGAAAUCUGAACAAAACUGCUCACUGUCCGCAAGUAGACUACUGUGCAAGACUGGUAUCAGGAAUGUAACAGGGUUUUGUCGGCAUGGAGACAAUGAGAGUUUGCCGUGCGCGCGGAAGGUUUCCCUUGUACAAAGUUUGUAAAUAUGCUCCUGUACGAACUCUUUUCCCCCUUUUGUCAAUAUAUAUAAGUUUGUAAAUAUGCUCCUGUAAAAUUCCCAUUUUAUAUAUAUGUGAAUAUAUGAACUGUU